AUGUCGGCUAUCAAAUCAAUAGCUACCGUUCUAGCAGCCAUAUUGCCUUCUGUACUGGCUCAAGCGAACACAAGCUAUGCGGAUUACAACACUGAGGCAAAUCCCGAUCUCACUCCUCAAUCAGUUGCUACAAUCGACCUCUCCUUCCCUGACUGCGAUAAUGGUCCUCUCAGCAAGACUAUUGUCUGUGAUACGUUGACAUCGCCAUACGACAGAGCAGCUGCUUUGAUUUCUCUCUUCACUCUUGAAGAACUCGUUAACGCCACAGGCAACACCAGUCCUGGUGUUCCAAGACUUGGCCUUCCUCCGUAUCAAGUAUGGAACGAGGCGCUCCAUGGGCUCGACCGCGCCUAUUUUACCGACGAAGGCCAGUUCAGUUGGUCUACCUCAUUCCCCAUGCCUAUCUUGACCAUGUCAGCGCUCAACCGAACUCUGAUCAACCAGGUCGCGAGCAUCAUCUCCACUCAAGGUCGGGCUUUCAGCAACGCCGGACGGUACGGUCUAGACGUGUAUUCUCCAAACAUCAAUUCUUUCCGUCACCCAGUCUGGGGUCGUGGUCAGGAAACUCCUGGGGAGGACGCAUACUGCCUUAGCUCGGCGUAUGCAUAUGAGUACAUCACUGGCAUUCAAGGCGGCGUGGAUCCAAAGAGUCUCAAGUUGGUGGCUACUGCGAAACACUAUGCCGGCUACGACAUCGAGAACUGGGACGGUCACUCCCGCCUGGGAAAUGAUAUGAACAUCACGCAGCAGGAUCUCUCAGAAUACUACACUCCCCAAUUUCUUGUUGCAGCCAGGGAUGCCAAGGUACGCAGUGUCAUGUGCUCAUAUAACGCAGUGAAUGGAGUCCCCAGCUGUGCGAACUCUUUCUUUCUGCAAACGCUUCUCCGAGACACUUUUGGCUUCGUGGAGGACGGCUAUAUCUCCAGUGACUGCGACUCAGCGUAUAAUGUCUUCAAUCCCCACGAGUAUGCUGCCAACGUGAGUAGUGCUGCGGCAGACUCCAUUCGUGCAGGUACAGACAUCGAUUGCGGUACCACCUAUCAGUACUACUUUGACGAGGCCGUUGACCAGAAUUUGCUUUCCCGUGCAGACAUUGAACGGGGAGUCAUCCGUCUGUACAGCAACCUGAUGCGCCUUGGCUAUUUCGAUGUUGGCCCAUGGAUGAACGUGUCAACUCAGCUGCAGGGCAAUUACUUUGGACCAGCGCCGUAUUUGAUUAGCCCAUUGGAUGCGUUCAGAGAUUCCCACCUGGAUGUGAAUUAUGCAUUUGGUACUAACAUCUCGUCUAACUCCACCGACGGAUUCUCCAAAGCCCUUUCAGCGGCCAAGAAAUCCGAUGCUAUCAUAUUCGCCGGCGGAAUUGAUAAUUCCUUGGAAGCGGAGACUUUGGACCGGAUGAACAUCACAUGGCCCGGCAAGCAGCUGGAACUCAUCGACCAGUUAAGCCAGCUCGGUAAACCGUUGAUCGUGCUCCAGAUGGGAGGUGGUCAGGUCGACUCAUCGUUGCUGAAGUCCAACAAGAACGUCAACUCUUUGAUCUGGGGCGGAUACCCUGGGCAAUCCGGCGGACAAGCACUUCUCGACAUCAUCACGGGCAAGCGUGCACCCGCCGGACGACUAGUUGUCACUCAGUAUCCAGCCGAAUACGCGACUCAAUUCCCUGCUACAGACAUGAGCCUUCGGCCGCACGGCAACAACCCCGGCCAAACUUACAUGUGGUACACCGGUACUCCGGUCUACGAGUUUGGUCAUGGCCUCUUCUAUACCACCUUCCGUGUCUCCCAUGCCCGUGCCGUCAAGAUCAAACCCACGUAUAACAUCCAGGAUCUCCUCGCCCAACCUCACCCAGGCUACAUCCAUGUCGAACAAAUGCCCUUCCUCAACUUCACGGUGGAUAUCACCAAUACCGGAAAGGCCUCUUCCGACUACACCGCGAUGCUGUUCGCCAAUACCACCGCUGGGCCAGCACCAUACCCUAAAAAAUGGCUCGUCGGCUUCGAUAGACUGCCGACUUUAGGACCCAGCACCUCCAAGCUCAUGACCAUCCCUGUUACUAUCAAUAGCAUGGCACGCACGGACGAGCUGGGAAAUCGUGUCUUGUACCCUGGGAAGUACGAAUUGGCCUUGAACAACGAGCGGUCUGUUGUUCUGCCGCUGUCGUUGACGGGCAAACCAGCUGUGUUAUCAAAGUGGCCCUUGGAAGAGCAGUUGAUUCCUCUGGCAAAAUCGUAA